AGCGGAAGCGGCGGCGGCGGUGUCCUUCUGGGCCGUGACGCCGGGGCGGCACCAUGGCGGACGCGGCCUCGCAGGUGCUGCUGGGCUCGGGGCUGACCGUGCUCUCGCAGCCCCUCAUGUACGUGAAGGUGCUGGUGCAGGUGGGGUACGAGCCGCUGCCGCCCACCCUGGGGAGGAACGUUUUCGGGCGCCAGGUCUACCAGCUGCCCGGUCUCUUCGCUUACGCCAAGCACAUCGUGAAGGUUGACGGAAGAGCGGGACUCUUCAAGGGACUCACCCCCCGCCUCUGCUCCAGCGCCAUCGGCACCGUCGUGCACGGCAAAGUGCUGCAGCGGUACCAGGAGGCCGAGCAGGCUGAGGCUAUCCACUGUUCACUUGCCAACAGCAAUCCAGACUGUUUUAUUGUAAAUGGGAAGGAUGAUGAUGAUGAUGAUGAUGGUGAUGAUGAUGUGCCAUGCCGUAUGCAUUUGGACAGCAACAGGAAAUGCCUCCUCAAGGAGCCUGGGCACCUGUGCACCGAGAACCGAAUAAACGGCAAGACUCAAAAAACGGAACACCGCAAAGCUGAACUCGGUGUUUCAGAGACCUUUCAGGGUCCCGAUUUUAACAGCCAGCGGCCUGCCUACCAUUCCUAG